AUGUCCGCCGCUCGGUCGACUGCCACUGCGGUGAAGAAGAAAGCGCCCACUGCCAUCGCCAUGUUCAACAUGGGCGGCCCGUCCACGCUGUCCGAGGUGCAGAGCUUCCUGACCAACUUGUUCACGGACCCCGAACUGAUCCCCAUGGGCCCCGUGCAAAGCGUCGUCGGUCCGUAUGUGGCCAAGCGCCGCACGCCUCAGAUCGUGGACCAGUACUCGCAGAUCGGAGGCGGCUCUCCCAUCCUCAAGUGGACGAACCUGCAGGGCGAACACAUGUGCAAAAUCCUGGACAACGUCCGACCACAAAGCGCACCGCACAAGCACUACGUCUUCUUCCGCUACGCAGACCCGUCGACGGAGCAGUCCCUGAAGCAGAUGAAGGAGGACGGCGUCACGCGCGCCGUGGCCUUCUCGCAGUACCCGCAAUGGUCGUGCACGACGUCGGGUUCGAGCAUGAACCACCUGUGGCGCGAGCUGGACCGGCUCGACAUGAAGGAGGACUUCCAGUGGUCGCUCAUUGAUCGCUGGAACACGCACCCGGGCUACAUCUCGGCUGUGGUGAACAGGGUGAAGAUGGGACUGGAGCAGUACGCGCCAGAAGACCGAGACAAGGUCAUUAUCAUGUUUUCCGCGCACUCGGUGCCGAUGAAGACGGUGUACAAGGGCGACGCGUAUGUGAACGAGAUUGCCGCGACGGCCGAUCGGGUGAUGAAGCAGUUGGCGGGGAAGAACCCGCACAUUCUCAGCUGGCAGUCGAAAGUCGGCUACUUGCCAUGGAUGGGGCCAAGCACGAGCGACGUGAUCAAGUUCUACGGGAAACAGGGACACAAGCAUGUCAUGGCCGUGCCUAUUGCUUUCACGUCGGACCACGUUGAGACACUCUACGAGAUCGACAUUGAGUACGCCGAGGAGGCCAAGGAAGCUGGUAUCGCGCACUUCAAGCGGUGUCCGUCGCUGAAUGACGAGCCUCUGCUGUUCGAGGCUCAGGCCGAUAUCGUGAAGCAACACUUGGACUCAAACGAACUGCACUCGCCCACGUACCCGCUCAACUGCGCACGUUGCACGAACCCAAUGUGCCGUAGCAUCCUGAACCCCAUCAAGCCGUACCACAAGCUUUUGUAA